AUGAUCGAACUGUAUCCUGCGAACUGCUCGAAAUUCCUAUUAAGUCUCUUCUAUAGACCACCAAAUUCUGAAGAAGAUAUACUAAUUGAGUUGAGAGACUCUCUUGAUCGUUUAGAUGAAUCAUGUCAACUUGUUCUGGUCGGUGAUUUUAACCUACCCAAUAUUGACUGGUCAUUGGACUUUCCUUCUCCCACAUCUAAAGGCAGUUUCAAGGAGGAACUUUUUUGCGAGAUUAUUACAGAUCAAUUCCUCUACCAAAAAGCUGUCGGUCCGACACACCUGCAUGGUAAUAAAUUGGACUGUGUAUUCUCGAAUUCUCCGAAGCUCAUCACGAACGUGAACUGCACAAAUCCAACUGAUCUAUUUCCAACUGAUCAUUACCUUAUCGAGUUCGAUAUCAAAGUUUGUUUUCAAAAAGCAAAAUCGAUAAGACGAACAGUGUAUGACUUCAAUAAUGCAAACUUCGACGGUACUCGUGAACAUCUAAUGAAUGUCCCUCUCGAUUCUGCGAUAUCCAAUAAUUCAGAUAUAGACGAAUGUUGGAAAGCAUGGAAAGAUCUAUUUAUCACGUACAGCGAUAGAUAAAUUUGUACCUAAAAAGACAGUCGUUGACACAAACACACCACCUUGGAUAGACCGGGAUGUUAAACACAUGAUUAAGAAGAAAUAUACAGCUCUACGACAAUAUCGUCAGAAACGAACGGAAGGACGAAAACGCAAACUCCGUCAGUUGACACAGGAAACUAAGGACUUGAUUAAACAAAAACGCCAUCAAUACAUAGAAAAAGUUCAAGAUUCCCUCGCAAAAUCACCUAAGUUAUUCUGGUCCUACCACAAACAUAUCCUCCGCAAUAGAAAUUCCCCACCUGCUAACACGUACAACAACUCAACUGCAACAACACCACACAAAAAAGCAGAACUUUUCAACGCAUUCUUCGCCUCUGUUUUUCUUCCGAAGUCAUCUUCCCAAGAUGCAAACCUGAACAUGACACAAAAAACUUACGAAAUAAUAUCUGAUAUUCAGAUCUCGCAGAAUGAAGUCGAGCAGUACCUUAACCAUUUGGACACAACAAAGGCUUAUGGCCCAGACGGAAUACCACCACGUCUACUGAAAGAACUCUCAAGAGAAAUCUCGACAAGCCUCUGCAGUUUGUUCAACAUGUCCUUAACAACAGGCCGCCUACCUAUGGAAUGGAAACAUGCGAACGUUAUACCCAUCCACAAAAAAGACUGUGUCGAACCCGUGACCAACUACCGUCCCAUUUCCCUUCUGCCAAUAAUUUCCAAAGUUCUCGAAAGAUGCGUUUUCAAUAACAUUUACCCUUUUGUUCGUGUACUGAUCAAUAAUGUCCAACAUGGCUUCUUAAGAAAUCGUUCAUGUAUAACCCAGCUUCUAGGUAUACUACAUGACAUUGGCAAAAAUCUGGAUCGAAACAAACAAAUCGAUGUGCUAUACCUAGAUUUCUCGAAAGCGUUCGACUCUGUAGAUCAUGACAUCCUACUUCACAAACUACAAAUGCAUGGCAUAAACGGAACGCUUUUACGAUGGUUCGAAAAUUACUUGAAUGAUAGAUGGCAGCGAGUUGUCAUUGAUGGUGCAGCCUCUGCAUGGUCUCCAGUAACAUCAGGUGUACCGCAAGGCAGUAUUCUGGGACCGUUGCUCUUUGUCAUAUUCAUAAAUGAUCUUCCCAAUAACGUUUCACCCAGUACGAACUCAGCACUGUAUGCAGAUGAUUCAAAAUUAUACAGAGAAAUAAAAUCGGUAGAAGAUUGCCAGCUCCUGCAAGACGACCUUGCCAAACUGGAAAAGUGGAGCACUGAUUCAAAAAUGCGAUUUAACACUGAAAAGUGCAAAGUGCUGACAAUAUCAAGAAAGCAACACCCAACGCGAUUUCCAUAUCGCAUAUAUGGUAAUGAAUUAUCUCCUUGUCAAGUCGAGAAAGAUCUUGGUAUGCUCGUGACCAGCAAUUUGAAAUGGGGCCCACACAUACUCAAGAUGGUGGCGAAGGCAAAUAAAAUGCUUGGUAUCCUCAAACGCUCAUGCUUUGACAUUAACCACACCCAAGUCAGACGGACCUUAUAUCUAACGCUAGUUAAAUCUCAACUUGUUUAUGGAAGCGAGGUAUGGUGCCCUCCAAACAACAGCCACUUAUCAAAGAAAAUCGAAGGAGUUCAAAGAAGAGCAACGCUGUGGAUACUAAAGAAGAAACGCGGAGAACUAAGUUACAAACAGCGCUUAAUGCAACUUAAUUUAAUCCCGCUUGUAUACGACAGAGAACAGAAGGACUUGAUAUUUUUCUAUAAAUGUAUGUACGGUCUCACAGAUUUCGACAUAUCGCAGUAUGUUGAAGUUACAACGGGAAGGACACGCGCGGCCACUUCUGGUCUUCUGAGAACACAAGCAUGUAAAACAAGUACAUUUCAAAGUUCGUAUUGUGUUAGAAUUGUUAAACUGUGGAACUAUGUUUGUACGUCUGCUCCUUCGUAUUGUUAUGUCACUGUCUCCUCUUUUAAGUCAUACUUGCGCAAGACUUACAUCUACCUCACUAGUACUUCCUACACUCCUGACUUACCUAGUUCACACUCACUUAUCACGACUCAAUAAAAAUAUCUAACAUUUCUCUCUUUGUCUUUUCAUUCUUUCUGCCUUGUCAUUCCCUUAGUCUUUUCAUUUAAUCUUCCUUGUCUUUGUUUCUUGUCUUUGUUUGUUGUCUAGUGGUGAGCACCUUGCAUGGGACAUAGUCUCGUUUGUGUUUCGCCACUUUUGGCACUUUCCUCGUCUUCUUGUACAAUGUAAUUAUCCGUUUAAGUUAUGUAAAUAUUCAGUUUUUUAUGUGCCAAAUUAAAGUUGUUAAAAUAAAAUAAAAUAAUAGAUGACCGUAAUUCCGCACGCGCUCGAGUCGAACACAGUUCGUAAGAUCGUCCUUUGAAUCACGCGCGCAAACUUAUCACGUAGUCGUAUGCGCACGCCAAAUUCAACCGUCCGGCUUGCGCGUGCUUAUAAACCAGUUGUAAAUUCUCUUGCAAUUUGAAAAAUAAUUCAACAAAAUACAGAGCAAUACUUAAAAUUUUACCACACCAACUUCACUUUCCCAAAGAUAGUCACUUUAUCCACAAUUCUUUUAUAAAUUUAACCCAAAAAGUCGUAGAAAUAGGGUCGAAAUUUGGUAAUUUUACGGAGCGAUUUGACUCGCUGCUCGCCCGUCAAGCGCGUCACGUCAGAUCAUCACAUCUGCCCAAUACCAAAAGUUAAACAGGUGAUAGAUGUUAAUAAAGAUCUUAGACCUAUAUCUCUUACCUCAACACUCAGUAAAAUCGCUGAAGAUGCCAUAAUAAAAUACGAUCUAAAACCGGCAAUAAUGGAUCGCCUGGAUUGUAACCAAUAUGGCUUCAUACCAGGUUCUAACACCACCCUGUCUUUAAUUACUUUAAUCCACCGUUGGUCAAAGACAGUAGACAAAGAGGGAGGAUGUGUGCGCUCACUGGUCACGGACUAUCGGAAAGCUUUUGAUCUUAUAGAUCAUAAUACUCUUUAUAGAAAACGUCAGGGAAUAGUUCUAAAAACAUCAACCUUAAACUGGAUUUCAGACUUUUUGAGGGGAAGACUACAAAGGGUAAAACUUUCCCCAAACUGUUUUUCCAAUUGGAAACCUGUCAAUGCUGGAGUCCCUCAAGGAACUAAACUCGGCCCAUGGCGUUUUUUGCUGAUGAUCAAUGACGUUGUAGUUUCUAACGAUCAAUUUGGUGGGGAUAUGAUGAAAUAUGCGGACGAUACUAAUAUUUCAGAAUACAUCACCGAUCAGGCAGAAAACAGUUAUCUGCAAGCAGUAACUAAUUCUAUUGUUGACUGGUCUGAAAGAAAUAAAUUCCAGCUUAAUCCAUCAAAAUGUAAAGAAUUUGUUGUGUCUUUUAAACGGAAUGAACCAAAUUUCCCCCCCAUCAGUAUUAAUCAAUCACAAAUCGAACGAGCUGACAAAAUAUCGAUUCUUGGUUUAACAAUCACAAAGGACUUGAAAUGGAACGAUCACGUGGAAAAAAAAAUCAAUAAGGCAUCCCAGUGAAUUUACCUGUUGAAACAACUCAGAAGGUUUGGACUUGAUGCUGGUGAUCUCAAGUGCUUCUAUGUCGCUUCAAUAAGGUCAAUACUGGAAUAUUCAUGCCAAGUUUUUCAUUAUGGCUUGCCACAAUACCUAUCUGAUGUUAUUGAAAGGAUUCAAAAGAGACCACUGCGCAUAAUUUACCCUCAACUGUCCUACCAGGAUGCUCUAGACAUGUUAGAAUUAAAGACUUUAUCUACACGCAGGCGUGAUUUAUGUAAGAAACUUUUUAACUCGAUUCUGGACAAUGAGGACCAUAAGCUUCACAACUUACUGCCACCUAAGGUGACAUCCGAUACAUAUAAUUUUAGGAACGAAAAACUUUUUAAUAUUCCAAAAUAUCGUACUAAUAGAUAUAGAGAUACUUUUAUAAUAUCUAGUCUAAUAAACUCGUAAAAAUUGGUAUUUUAUAAUACAGAACUAAUAGUUAAGAGAUACUCUUUAUAAUAUUAAAUUAGGAAUUUUUGUAAUUGUUUUAAACACUUUGUAUAAGAAUCAUGUAAUUCAGCUCUAUGCAUGGCUGCUAGGUGAUUUUAAUAAACAGAUUAUCUAUCUAUCAAACAGAUUAUCUAUCUAUCUAUCUAUCUAUCGAAGUUGAAAUGAAGCUAUUGCAAAUUCGAAUGGACGCUCAUAAGAUUGAUGAUCCCACCGUACCUUGCAACAGUAAUCUGUCGCUACGAAGGGAGAAUGUUCGCUUACAAAGUGACUUGGAAUCAGCUAAAUCCACAAUAAAACAACUUAAAACAAAAGUAAACGAAUUGCAAAGUGAAAAAUGUAGCCUCACAACGGUAAUUAGAUUAUUACAAGAAGACAAUUUACAGCAUACUAAUUACAGUGACAGGAACAAUAAUGCAAAUGAUCAGCAAAAGAACGCUUGGACUGCAGCAAAGACACCGAAGAAAAGGAGAAAGAGAUCUACGUAUGUUACCAAAGAAAGAUUGCCCACUGCAUCAACCAAUGCUAUUACAGUGGAAACCGCAUCAACGAGUGCUGUUACAGAGGAAAAUAUAGCACUCGCGGAUACAAUGCCAGAAGAACUGAAUGCAAAUGGCCAUUCUAAUAGUCAAGGAGAAACCAAGGAAAGCAGCAGUAAUAUGCAAGAGGAGCAAAGUAGAGCCCAUAAUAGUGAAACAACUAAGCCUACAAAAGUCAUAAUAGCGGGUGAUUCAAUGAUUAAGCACUUAAAUGGAUAUAGAAUGUCUGCAAAAAAUAGGAGGGUCCAAGUCUCAACAUUUCCUGGAUGCACUAUCUUAGAUAUGGCAGACCACGUCAAACCCAUACAAAGAAAACGACCUGACAAACUUAUUCUGCAUGUUGGCACUUAA